AUGGCGUCCUCGACUCAGCCCAAGACAGCGCUCAAAAUCGUGUUCGGCGCAAUGACGCUGGGCAAAGAAGGCUCCGAGCAAGGCAGAGUGCACAGCCUUGAAGACUGCACCAAGAUCCUCGACGUCUUCCAAGCCCACGGACACAACGAGAUUGAUACAGCUCGGCUCUACAGCGGCGGCUCGUCAGAAGAGUACCUCGGCCAGCUCAAGUGGCAAGAACGCGGGCUCAUCAUGGACACGAAGCUGGCGCCGGUCGGUCGUCUGCGGCCAGAACUGGGACGAUACACGCACGCGAAGGAGGAUGUUGGUCCUGGGUUGCAGGACAGCCUGGACGCCCUGCAGACCGACAAGGUUGACCUGUGGUACCUCCAUGCACCAGACCAUUUGACUCCGUACGCCGAGACUCUCGAGGCUGUCAACGAGCUCUACAAGGCAGGUUACUUCCAGCGGUUUGGAAUCUCAAACUUCUCGGCCUGGGAGGUGGCGCAGGUCUGCGAGCUCUGUGACCGCAACGGAUGGAAGAAGCCCGAUGUCUACCAGGGCGUCUACAAUGCUCUGCACCGUAUUGUCGAGCCCGAGCUGUUUCCGUGCCUUCGACACUACGGCAUCGCGUUCUACGAGUUCAAUCCUGUGGCCGGCGGGAUGCUCACUGAUCGGUACCAGCGAAACACAUCUGAGCACGAGGAAGGGAGCCGAUUUGAUCCGAAUAAGUUACAGGGUGGUCUUUAUCGUGCGAGAUACUGGAACGACGCGUACUUUGACGCGCUGGAUGUUAUUCGUCCCGUUGCGAAAAAGCUGGGGCUGACGACGGCCGAGGCGGCGGUACGAUGGGUGAGCCAUCAUAGCCUGAUGAAGAGGGAGCACGGCGAUGCUAUCAUCAUCGGUGCGAGCAGUGCAACGCAGCUGGAGGAGAACCUGACGAAUCUGGAGAAGGGACCUUUGCCGGAGGAGAUGGUGAAGGCUUUUGACGAAGGAUGGGCGAUCGUCAAGGGAGUGUGCAAGCCUUAUUUCUUCUAG